UCAGUGCUCCUGGUCUGCUACACUGGCAGCUAACAGCUGAACACACUGCACGAGAGAGAACUGCACAAUUCAGCAGUAAGCCAUUGAGGGAGAGAGAGGGGGUUGAUAGACAGUGAGGAACAACGGUGCAGCCAAGGAAACCAAAGAAACACUCCUCUACCGAAUUCCCAAACCCUGGCCAGAGAAGAGAAGAGAAAGAAAAGCAGCAGGGACACAGCAUUCUUGGCUUUCAGUUUAAAAGAAGAGGAAAAAGAAAAUAAUGCGUUAGGCUGAAUCAUUUGCUUAAUAUACAAAUUCAAGGAGAACAACGUGACAGGACGUUUUUUUAUGCAUGAAUGCAUCUGGGAGAAGGAGGGAGCAGAAACAGGACCAAAGCGACAAUGAAGAUCAUGAAGUUGAUGCUUUCACUCAGCAUCCUUUUCCACAGUGCAUUUGCAGAGAUCACUUCAGCGAGUUCUCCUUCUAUCACUGCUGGGUCAUCGUCUACUAGUGGUGGAGGCACAUCAUCCAAUCUUAACCAGACACAGGCAACAGUUGCAGUCCCCACGGCAAAAAUUACUGCUGACAAGGCGACUGCAGAGCCUCACGUUUUAACCCAAACACAAUCCCAAACUUCCACCAUAAACAACCCAUCAUCAUCUCACAUUAGCAUCUCUAGUGGCCCUUCCACUGUUGCCCAUGCUGCUGCUACCUCAAGCCCCCCAAAGGCUACAAUACCAGUUACAACAGUUGCAACAGCUGACAGUGGCGGCACAUCAGUGGGAUUCCCUAAUACGUUCAAAGUACAGACACCUGAAGACGAUGUAGCUAGUACAAACUCCAGGACUGAGCCGUCGGUCAUUCUAACAAGUCCGUACCAUGCAGAAACAUCAAAUAUCCCAACAUAUCCUACAACAGAGCAAACUCAUGCAAACAUUACCAAGACGAGUGAAGGAGACACAAAGAAAACAAUCAUUCCAGUUACAACAAACUGGCAGAUAGAAUUAAGGACCACAGAGACUGGGAAGCCAGGGACCACCAGCACCCCCCAGACUCUGACAACAGGAUCUACUGUACCUGAGAACCUAAGUGGAACAACAUUACUGCAAACCUCUACUGCCACGACCACAGAUCCUCUGCAAAAUAUAUUUCUGUAUUCUCUAAACAGCAGACCUGAGAAAGAGAAAGACAAGGAGCUGGUGGAGAUGUGCAAGCGGCUGAUGGCAAAUAUGCAAGAUGGGAACUGCACCCUGAUAUGGAGGCAUAAAAAUGGCAAAAUACAGUUUGACUGCAUGGAAAUAAAUGGCAAAGUGAAAACCAGCAUCAUAACCCAGAAUUAUGAGGAAAUCUCCAAGAAACCACCAGAUAAUAAAACCCUGAUAGCCAUACUGGCCUCAUGUGGAGCCCUGCUCAUCAUGAUCUUUAUCCUUGCCAUCUGUGCCUCUCACCACCGCAGGUCAUACAAUGAGAACCAGCAACACCUUACAGAGGAGCUGCACACUGUGGAGAACGGUUACCAUGACAAUCCCACGCUGGAAGUGAUGGAGGUGCAGCCAGAGAUGCAGGAGAAGAAGGUGGCGUUAAAUGGAGAGUUCAACAAUGACAGCUGGAUUGUCCCCAUUAACAACCUGCUGAAGGAGGACAUACUUGAUGAGGAGGACACCCACCUGUAAGGUGCAGGGAUAAAGAAAGAGAAGAAGAGAAAAGAGAGGAUAACAGGACCUGGUCAGUUCCAGUCCAGUAAAACAAAAGCAAUCACACUUCUCAAUCAAUGCCAGCCCGACCAGCUAGUCUGACACUCCUGACCCUCGGAUCCUAUUGCUUGACAGGACAUGUAAUUAGACAAGUAACACCCACGAGUACUAAGCCACCACAAUAAUGGUGUUGACCUGCUCUGUUUGAUCCAUUACUGGGAAAUAAGGGUCAAAAUUCAAACACUGAUGACGAAGGAACAAUAAUAUGAGAUAUGUUGAACAUGAAAAAGUAAAAGGCAUGUUUGAAAUCCAAACAAUUUUGUGGGCACAAAAGUGCUUAUACAAUUGUUUAAAUAUAAGUUCUACUUCACUGAGAGCACAAUUCAAAGAUGUUUGUAUAAUUUAUUUCACAUAUUCAUUCAAAAAAUGCUGAAAGAGUCUCAAAACCCUCUUACAAAAACAGUUGUCUGGAUGUUUUUUGCAUUAGCUUUUGCAUGCAGACAGGCCCAAACUACAUGCUCCAUAGGUUCAGAAAGCAGAUCAGACCAGUAACAACUGCAUCAGCUGCUGGUUAGGUGGUUCCAGAGUAACCACCUAACCAUCUCAGGACACUUUAAAGCAUCCAGGUGAUUUCCACUACUGAAUGUGGGCCAUGAGGAAAACUGAGCACGGACAUAAUUCAUAAAUUGCAGAGCUGAACGGACAAUGCUUAAAGCAGAUGCAAUUGCAGGACUAAGAAACACUUUUAUCAAAAAUACUAUAGGAUUGUAGGGUGUAUGAAAAGCCAGAGGGGACAUAUUCCAAAUAUAUUUUGUCCAUAUGAUAACACAAAGGGCCUCAGCAAAAAACAUUUGUUUGUUUGUUUUUAAGUUGUGCGUAUGGGUGGAGAACAUGUUCCAUCGAUACAUUUUCUUGUGUUUUGAGUUGUCUUACAAGUAUGAAUAGAAUUUCAACAACUGUCGUAACCUGAGUUACCUUUUAAAUUUCUUAGCUUUUUUUCAAUUUUACUUAAGCUCUUUUUACUAAUUCUGUAUUUCAUUCAUUUGGAGCAAUACAUAUAAUAUAUAAAUACUCCUGCUAAAUGUUUCAAAAUGUUGGCCUUUAGAUAAUUUCCUAAAAUUAUUUAUUCUUAUGCUUUAGGUUUGGUUUGUGCUUUAACUCUCUGCCUCAUGACACAGAGUCUACCGACAGAUAGGAAUAAAGCACUCAUACGAGUAGCGUCAUGAGCUGUGGUAGAGCACAAAGAUGGUGUUGUGAAGGCAAAAUGGAUGCGACUUGACACAGCUGGUGGCUGCUAUGCACAUCAAUUAUUUUAGCCUGCUUCAUAUAGUAUAACAUUACAAUAAAAGGUGUCCUGAUCCAGGACCAGCAGAAAAACAUGCCAGUUUAACAACAUCUAUUACGGCUCAUAUCAUUUCAUCAAAAUCAGUGACAGGGACCUCCCCUGGUUGCAGUCAUCAAAUGCCUUGCUGUGGAAAGGAAUUAUUUUCCUAUCAAAACAUUUCAUCUUUAUUUCAGAGACAGUGCGAUACACAGGUGACACAGUAUUAACAGCACUGAUUUAGUUAGUCUCUUGAGUCCACUGCCGAUGCUGCUAAAGAUUCUAGCCUUUACUUUUUGGAUAUCUGAAAUCAGGAGCAUUUAUUUUGUGGAUUUGUUAUCCUAGAGCACUCAAUAAAUUCACAUAGCUAGCGUUCAUAAUGUCACAUUACACACUUUUCUGAGGUUAGGAGCUGUGAAUCUAACUUGCCAUUUUCAUACAGACUCCAGACAGUACUUAUAAUGCUCUUGCAUGAGGCUCAUUGAUUACAUGCUCACAUUUUCUUAGAUUUUCUUGGUCACCUCUUAGACCACACUUAUCUUUGGAUUUAGGACUCAAAGUUGCACAAAAAAACUAUUUUGAAACAAAUUAUAUACCAAAUAAUUAAUUGAUAGCUAUUGAUCAUGAAAAUAACUAUUAGUUGCAGUAGAGUCUCAACUGCUCUCCACUCUGGCCUUCCAUUAUAAUAAGAUAAGAAUACUAUGCAUUAUUUAAUAUAUAAAAAAUAUCACUAAUAUUAUAACAGAAGCAGGCUUGCCUUUCCGCACCAUUUCCAGUCCUUUCAGCUAACUCUCGUCAAGCAAGCAACAAUACUAAACUACCCCUCCAACAUUAGUGCCAGCCAUAAGCUUACUGUGGUGCUUGUCCUAUCCCCCAUUUAUCAACAGGUUUCAGUUCACUUCAGCUCCAUCUCACAAGUGUUUUUUACAGUAUGUCACUGCUUCACGCUCAUCAAGGUGAUUUUCACAAUAGUCUGCAAAGCAGGACACAAACUGAAAGCCACCAGUCAAGUGAUAAACCAGUUAAUUUCAGAAAGAAUGGAUUGAUUUUCCAUCCACUAGGAAAGUUUCUUGGGAGAGUAUGUCCAGAUUAUAAACUUUUGAAGCUAUCGGAUGACACUUUUUCCUAGAAAAUAUUACAAAACUGCCACCUACUCAGUCCAAUAACUAUUAUUACAAAUAAUGUAAAUUGAACAGAUGCCGAUCAACACUGGUAUUGGUAAGUACAGACGGUGUACCAAUAACUGUGCAUGUAUUUGGCAAAGGCUGUAAAUAGUAUGUAAAGGGUGUCGUUUUCACAGUUCUUGAUGCUUAAAAAUUCACCUAAGAAGUUAAUCUAUAUUUAGCUCCACUUCAAACUAUAUAAAAGUUAUUAAAUCACCUUGUCUACUCCAGUCCAACCAUUUUUGUGUUUGCAUGUCUAUAUUUUCAUUUAAAUCAUAGUGAUGAAUUUCACAAAAGUACCUUUGCUCGUAUUAUAUGUAUUUAUAAUUUGUUUUCUGCUGUAAGAAAAUGGCAGGGGUCUGACACACUGGAGGCUGUAAACUGUCAACUGUCUUGGCGGUCAUGUUCAAAUUUGCCAAUAAAGGAAGUGUUUUUCCACUUUG